CACAGCCCUUGCGGAAUUUCGAGGUUUCUCCCUUCGUCUUCUUCUCACCGACUCGUCCUCCGUCCUCCAUCCCCGCUAGUCGCGCUCGGCGAUGCGACUUCGUCUACGUUAAAUCUCGCUUGUCUACGAUACAGAUUGUGCUUACGUAGGUUUCGGCGCUGGCACGAUGGCGCAGUUCCAAGACGUGAACGAAGCUCUCCUCCCUCGACGAUACCAAGAGGAGAUCUUCUCUCGCGCUCAAGAGCGCAACGUCAUCGCAGCCCUCGACACUGGCAGUGGCAAAACCUACAUAAGCACGCUCCUUAUCAAGUGGAUUGCAGCCCGCGAUGCCGGGCUGGGCAAGAUCAUCGUUUUCCUCGUUCCGAAAGUGGCACUCGUUGAACAGCAGGGCGACUUCAUCGCAAGAGAAACGCCCCUGCGUGUAAGCAAGUGUUAUGGAGCAACGGCUAUCGACAUGACGGACAGGCGGGGAUGGAGGAAGGAGAUUGAGUUACACGAUGUACUUGUAAUGACCGCUCAGAUAUUUCUGAACAUUUUGACCCAUUCACAUUGGACUAUGGACAAGGUAUCCCUUAUGGUUUUCGACGAAUGUCAUCACACACGAAAGAAUCAUGCGUACAACGGUAUAAUGCGGGAGUAUUUCCAAUGGACCUCCGAAAAGCGGCCGAAGGUGUUCGGUAUGACGGCAUCCCCAAUCUGGAAUCCCAGGGACGCCGUCGAAUCUCUUGCUACGCUCGAGCGCAAUCUCGAUGCUAAAGUCAUUGCUGUUCGCGAGCAUGUCGAGGAAUUAGCAGACCAUUCUCCUCGCCCUCAGGAGGUGCUCCGCGAAUACCAAGCAUCACCUAUCACUUAUCCCCACUACCCGGCAACUAAUUUGUGGGCGAGACUUGCACUCGACUCCCUACCACCUUCGUUUGACAUACCUGUGGAGAAGGUUCGCACACGGUUCGAGGUCACAUACCAUAGCUUAGGCCCGUAUGGUGCCGAAUUAUUCUUAUACCACGACAUCAAGCAUCGAAUCGCGCAAUUCAUCUCGCAGGCAGAAGACCAUAUGGAGUAUAUGAAUACGACGCACCUCGAUGGUGUCCAGCCCGAAGGCAUUCAGCUGCCUCCCGAGCUUGCGCACAUGGAACUCGUUCUUCAGCAAUUCAGUGACUUUUUUGACAACGAAGAUGACCCCGACACUGUGCCCAUCAGGAUUGACUUGAAGUGGUGCUCGCCCAAAGUCGUCCUUCUAUCCCAGCUACUAUUCGAAUACUACAAGCAGAACUUUCAGGGCAUCAUCUUCGUCGAGCAACGACACGUUGCUGCGUGUCUAUCAAAAAUGCUCCCGCGGAUCCCACCACUGGAAUUGUACUUCAAGAGUGCGCAGCUCAUCGGACAUGGCGCCAGCAGCGUCCAGAAGUCGCAAGUACGAGGUAUGGCCCUCAAGUCGCAACAGGAGGCCGUGAAGAUGUUCAGAGACGGCGAAUGCAAUCUUCUUGUCGCGACGUCUGUUGCCGAGGAAGGUCUCGAUUUCCCAGCAUGCGAACUAGUCGUUCGUUUCGAUCCAAUUCAGCACAUGGUCGGCUACAUACAAUCUCGAGGGCGUGCACGACAAAAAGCUGCCACCUUCAUGGUCAUGGUCCAGGAAGGCCAGGCAUCUCAUGUCGAUCGAUACAAAGCCUUCUCUGAGAGCGAGCCACAGCUACGACUUGUAUACCAGAAUCGCGAAGACCUCCCGAAGCCUGUCCAAGACGACGAGCUGGAAGAAGGCGAAGAACGUGAAGACCCACUGGAUCUCGCAGAACGGGAACGCUACGUGGUACCAAACACCGGCGCGAUUCUCACGUAUAAUACUGCCAUUGGUCUGCUCAAUCACCUGUGUUCACUCAUUCCCCGCGACCGUUUCACCCCGAUCCAUCUACCUCAGUACUCCGGCGAUUUCGAGGCGACUCUACAAUUGCCUUCAAGCCUACCGCUGCCCAAGGAGCAUCUCACCUUUACCGGACCCACCAAACGAACGAAGAAGGAAGCAAAGCGUGCGGCUGCGUUUAUGGCCGUCAAACGGUUGCACGAACUAGGAGUUUUCGACAACUAUUUGCUACCCGCCCGCUCUGCUACUGGUGACAAUGACGAUGCCGAUGGACGUCCGAUAGGCGACGUCAGCCACGUCCCCGACAUGAUGGACGUCAUCGUUCGCGACCCGUGGACAAGAGGUCAGAAGCUGUGGUUGCACGUUGUCCGCCUUGACGGACGCCCAGCUGCGGGUCUGAUCACUGGUAGCAUUCUUCCCUCUGGGAGCCUCGUCUGCGAUGGAGUCCACGUCUCGACAGACGAGGCUCAGCUUGCUGAGUUUGACGAGGAAGAUGAGUGGGAACAGCGGCGGCAACUGGAAGACUUUAUGAGAAUGGGCCUAUGGUGGUGCAUCACCGGGAGAGGAAUUACUCUUCCCUUGACGUGCUUCCUAGUCCCACUUACUCAUGAGCUAGCCGUCGACUGGCACGCGAUCGAGCUAGCUCUGGCGCAUCCGUUCGGCGUCGGAGACUGGUCCAUGGUUGGUGAAGAGCACUACAACACUCUGUUGGUAAUGUCUAGCAAGGAGCACGGUCGUCCUCUACUGCUCAAACGAAUCCGCAAUGACCUCACACCACUAUCCGUUCCGCCUGCUGGCACCAGAGAGGCCGCCGGCAAGUCCUACCGCGAAUUUUACAUAUCGAAGUAUACCCGCAAAGGCGUCCCGCCCGAAAUACCUGAACAAGGUUACUGCGUCGAAGUAGUACCUUUCCCUCGACACACUUCCACUGUUUACAACCUCGACGGCUCCUCGGUCCCUGCCAAUAAGACGCAACCCCUUGGCGCACAUAUAUAUCCCAUGAGCCUCUGCCGCUGGGCGCCGCUAUCGCCCGACGUAUAUCGUGCCCUUCGAGUUCUGCCCGAACUUACUCAUCGUCUCACGGAUCUUUACCGUGCGCGCGCGAUCAGAGCAGAGCUCGGCCUUCCGCCUAUCCAAGAUGACCUCAUGAUUCAAGCACUCACCUUGCCCAGCGCAAACGCUGGUUUCAACAAUCAGCGGUUGGAGACUCUAGGCGACUCUGUGCUCAAGCUCUGCACUGUUGUUCAUCUCUUCAAUCGUUUCCCACACAGGCACGAAGGCCAACUGGACAUUCUUCGGCGCAACUCAGUCUCGAAUCGCACGCUGCUCGCGCGUGCGAAGGAGGUAAUGCUCGAGCAGUACCUCACCUCUGAGCCCCAGACGAUGCGCAUCUGGCGGUUCGCACUCUCCGGCGAGGUGGACUUGUCCGACCCCAUGCCAGAUCGGUUCGUCUCCCGACGGAUCCCGAAGCGCAGCUUGCAAGACUGCAUGGAGGCGUCGCUCGGCGCCGGCUUUGCGACGGGUGGGAUCAUGAUGGCGCUGCACGUCGGGACCGCACUGGGCUUGGGAUUUGGGGGGACGUUGCUUUGGCCUGCGAGAUACGACCGGCUACCUGAGACGCCUGUGCCGGUCAUGUUCCACGAGGUUCAGGAGAUCCUGGGUUACGAGUUUAAGUCGGGGCAUUUGCUUAUCGAAGCAGUGACACAUCCGUCUUUCCGAUCACCGACCAACUCUUCGUACCAGCGACUCGAAUUCAUGGGCGACGCCCUCAUCGACUUGGUAGUGAUGCGCUACCUGUACAACAAAUUCCCGACUGCGACGUCUGGGCAGCUGUCCUGGGCUCGCUCUCGAGCCGUCUGCGCGCCCGCGUUGGCGCAUAUAGCAGUGAACGUCUUGGGCCUGCACCGGCCCCUGCUGAUCAAUAACAUCGAACUGAGCAUGGCGAUCAGCAAGUACGUGCCGAUUCUGCAAGAGACAUCGGAGGAGGAGAUCAUCCAUAGCGGUUGGAAGCAUGAUCCGCCGAAAGCGAUCAGCGAUGUCCUGGAGAGCAUUCUCGGCGCUGUCCUUGUGGACACGCAUUACAACUUUGAGAAAACGGCGGUCAUCGCCGAGAAUGCUCUCCGGGGCCUCCUGAGAGUCCUUUCUCCGGACAUGCCCCGCGACCCGGUCUCCGAGCUGAUGGUGUGGAUAGCACGACAAGGGUGCAUGAAAAUCAGCUUCCGGAAAUCGCAAAGCCAGUCUACCAUGAAGAGAAACGAUAGUAUGUCAAUCAUCGUCCACGACUUCGCCGUCGUCGGCCCCAUCCCGGCGCAGAACAUCUCCUUGGCCAAGGGCCUUGCUGCCGAGCGCGCACGCCAAGUGCUCGGGGACUUCGAAAGCCCGUACCACCUGUCUAAGAUCUGCGACUGUAAGGCGGAGCGCGAGGCAGCCUUCGCCCGCGAGGUGGCCGAGCUAGAUGAGGUCAAGAAACUCGACGACGAAACGGAAGAAGGCUUCGCUGCCCUCGCACGUGCCGUUCUGGCCGAGGUUGAGGCGCCUGCAGGUGCACUCGACUCUGUUCGGGAUGGGGCUGACGACGGCGAAGUCGUGGACGAUGAUGACGACGAUGAAGAUAAUGAUGGGGAGGAUAUAGAUGGUGUUGCAGUUCUGGUUGAUGAAGAUUCAAUGGAUGUUGACAGUGAGCCUCACGCCAAUGGAUAUGCGCUCAAUGGGCACGUCAACGAGCAUGUCAAUGGCAGUGUUAGCAAGCUGACGAAAGAGUCGGUCAAUGGAUGCUUGACUAAUGGAAGCCACCAGGUUUGAAGACAGAGUUCAACAUUCUAUCCUUUUGAUUUCUCGUAGCGUAUCACGCAGCAUCUCAUGUUCGAGAAUAUGGCUAUCCUUGUAGCUCUGUAACUUAUAUGAUAGACACUAGUUUGAUGUAGCAUGUUCCUCUGCUCAAAUCGUAACGAGUAGUCUCAUACAACUGUGGAUCUUCGGCUCCAAAUGCUUACAUAACAUGUCGAUGAUGUUUGUCGC